UUUACCCGCCCAAAUCUUACCAAUUUAUAUCUUCAAUUUCCAAAACCACGCGAUUUCCCCAAUCCACAAUCAACCCUUCUUCUUCUCCUCCUCUUCCUCAAUCCAAACAUGAAUCCCUAAUCCAAAGCUCGGAUUUUUAGGGUCCCUCACCCUCUUAAAUCCCCAAUUUUGUUUCAAAGAUCCAAUUUUGGGCUUUUUCCGUUUUUGUUAAACCCUUUUUUUUCCAAUAUCCUAGGGUUUCUUAAUGGGUGCUCAUCAAUCUAGGGAUCAAGCUCUCUAUAAUCAUGCCAAAUGCGGCAAUGUCGCAGGGAUCAAGGCACUCCGCCAGCAUGGCGCUGGCCUUGAGUGGGUUGAUAAAGAGAGGAGAACUCCAUUGAUUUUGGCUUGCAUGCGUUCAGAUCUCUUGCCUGUUGCUAAGGUUUUGAUUGAACUUGGUGCCAAUGUUAAUGCUUAUCGUCCUGGUUCUCAAGGUGGGACUCCUUUGCAUUAUGCCGCAAAAAGAGGCCUUGUUCAGACCGUUGAACUCCUUCUUUCUCGUGGAGCGAACCCAUUAUUGAUGAACGAUGAUCACAAGACUGCACUUGAUUUAGCCAGAGCAAACGGGCACUUAAAUAUAGUUCGCUCCAUUGAGAAUUCCAUCUGUCUCUUCUCUGGAUGGUUGCGGGAGUUGCAUGGACCAAGCAUCUUAGAAGCAUUGAUUCCCCAUUGGGUAUCAAGGAAACUGUAUGUGCACUUUGAAUUAGUUCAUUCUUGCUCUUUUUCUUUUCCAUCUCGGCAUCAUUUGGUUGAAUACUUUUACCUGAACCAUCCUUUUCUUUUCCCAACAGGUGGGCUGUGGUUCUUUCCAUUUAGUUCUCCUAUUCCUACGAAUCCUCCAAGGUUCUACCUGGCAUUAUACUCUGGUCUCCAGGUUGCUAAGCCACGUACCACUGUUGCACUCUGGAAAUGCCAGAUCGAUGAGCCAAGAUUCACUCAACCAGAUCCUACAAUGCUUAUCGAAUGUGUGGCCGGAAAGCUGAAGUUUAGGCUCUCGUCUGGAGUUGAAGGCGAUCGGCAACAAUUGCUGUUGUUUUACAAUGCAUGCAGAGGGAUUCCUCGCACCAGCAUUAAUGUUCCGGCACCCCCUGUUAUCUCUGUUGCUCCAAUGCCGACCACCGCACAAAUCAAUCCACAACCAUCGAGUACACUGCCGAGUACACUGCCAACAAGUACAACCCCUACCCGGGAAGAUGAAGAAAUAUCAAUGGCGAUACACGCAUCCAUUCAAUCGGCAAUGGCAGAAGGAGUAGUGCCAAUUUCCGAUACAUUGCCACCAUUGUCACCCUCAUCUGUUCCGUCCGCUCCUCCGAUCAAUUCUACUGUCUUUUACAACAAUUCUAUUAACUAUCCAUCAGUAGAUUCACACCCGACGAACGUAAAUGCGUCCCCGCUCGAUACAAGACCCGAUAUUAUUAGUAAUACUAGUAACUCUUCGAGUUCGUGUGUGAUAUGUUUAGAUGGUCCAGUUGAGGGAGCAUGCAUUCCAUGUGGGCACAUGGCCGGUUGCAUGUCUUGUUUGAAUGAGAUCAAAGCAAAGCAAUGGGGAUGCCCAAUUUGCCGAACUCAAAUUCAGCAGGUGAUUAAACUCUAUGCUGUUUAAUGCAUGUACAUUCAUGUAUCUAUUUAUAUUUGGCCUGCAUGUAUUGCUUGCUUCUUCAAUGACCUUUUUUUUUAGUCCUUUUUUUGUAAAGAGAUUUGUGAGCUAUUUGAAUUUGCAAUAAAGAUGUUGAGAUAUUUGUGUA